AUGUCUGACGCACCUGAAAUUGAUACCUCCAUUGCUACCACUCAGCCCCCUGAAAACGCUCUUGUUGGCCAGCUCAAGUCCUUUGCCGCCGGCGGCUUUGGCGGUGUGUGUGCUGUUGCGGUCGGCCACCCAUUCGAUCUCGUCAAGGUGCGUCUGCAAACCGCUACUCCUGGUCAGUACUCUGGUGCCAUUGAUGUUGUUAAGAGAACCGUAGCCACCGAUGGCCUCACAGGCCUGUACCGCGGUGUUGCUGCUCCUCUUGCUGGCGUGACCCCCAUGUUUGCCAUUUCCUUCUGGGGUUAUGACCUCGGUAAGCGACUGGUGUCUGCCGUGUGGACCCCUGCAGGACCUAACGGCGAUCUCUCUAUUGGCCAAAUUUCUGCUGCCGGGUUUUUCUCGGCCAUCCCCACAACCGCUGUCGCCGCUCCCUUUGAGCGUGUCAAGGUCAUUCUCCAGCUCCAGGGUCAACAAAAGACUCCUGCUCCUGGUGCCCCAGCCCCCAAGCAAUUCAACGGUGCUAUUGACGUCGUUGCCCAUCUCUACAAGGAAGGCGGUCUGCGCUCCGUCUUUAAGGGCUCUGUUGCCACACUGGCCCGUGACGGUCCCGGAUCGGCUCUUUACUUUGCCACAUACGAAUACCUUAAGGUCCUGCUGACACCCGAGGGCCAGUCAAUGUCUCUUGGUGCUAUUUCUUUUGCCGGUGGUAUGGCUGGUGUUGCCAUGUGGGUCCCCGUCUUCCCCAUUGAUACCAUUAAGUCUCGUCUUCAGUCUUCCACUACCUCCCAGUCCAUUGGUCAGGUCACCUCCGCUAUCUACCGUUCCGGUGGUCUCAAGGCUUUCUUCCCUGGUUUGGGUCCUGCUCUUGCUCGUUCUUUCCCUGCCAACGCUGCUACCUUUGUUGGUGUCGAGCUGGCCCACAAUUUCUUCACCUCGGUUGGCAUUUAA